AUGGCGUCAGCCCUCAAAGCCAAUUGCCGCAAGGUCAUGUGUAUUGGCCGAAACUACGCAGAUCACAUUGCAGAGUUGAACAGCGCAACUCCUAAACAGCCAUUUUUCUUCCUUAAGCCCUCGUCCUCGAUUCUCGUACCAGGCGCUGGCCCCGUUCUUCGCCCGAAGGGUAUCAAGCUACACUAUGAAGUUGAACUCGGUCUGGUAAUUGGGAAGACCGUCCGUGAUCUUGAUCCAAAAGAUGAGAAAUCAGCAUUUGAUGCCAUUGAAAGUUACAUCCUCGCAAUCGAUAUGACAGCUCGCAAUACGCAGGACGAAGCUAAAAAGAAGGGUCUCCCUUGGUCUAUCGCUAAGGGGUUCGACACAUUUAUGCCCAUUUCCGAAAUAAUUGACAAAGCGCGCAUUCCGAACCCCCACGAAGCCUUCCUGCGUCUCCGCGUCGGCGAUGUUGAGCGUCAGGCUGAUUCGACUAGUCUGAUGCUGCACCGGAUUCCCAAACAGCUUGCGCAAAUCUCUCAGGUCAUGACCCUGGAGAAGGGUGAUAUUGUUUUGACUGGUACACCAAAGGGCGUUGGUGAGGUCAAGGCUGGCGAUGUGAUGCGUGCUUCGAUUGAGGUUGAUGGCAAGGAGAUCGAGGAAGGCCGCAUCGAGGUUGAAGUGCACGAUCGUGAAGGUCCGUACGAAUUCAAGGAGACCUAA